AAAUUAAUUAAUAUUUAUUGCGUUCUGCGUGCGACUGUGCAAUUGAGUGACUGAAAACUAAGAGAGAAAGAGCGAAAGGGAAAGGGGGAAAAUGGGGUAUGUGCUUCGAGUGAGAAUGGCUUCGUUCUUCAGCGGCGCUGCAAUUGCCUCGUUUGCAGGUUUCUAUAUCCUCCACAGGGAUUACAAAAUUGCACACGAAUCCUUUGCGAACCAGAUGAAAAACCUCCAUGAAUCACUAGACAGCCGAAUUUCUGCCUUGGAGAAACUCAGACAAACUGAAAACUCAAAACAGGUGGAAGCAUCAGAAUAGGCUUCCAAACUGAGCCAUACAUUGUAGUUAAUUGUUUCGAUAAAAAAAAAAAGGAAAGAAAAAAACAUUGCUUCAUGUACUACUCACUAUGAAAUGUGGCUUUUGUAUGUUUAAUGUUGUCAGCAAUAAGUUAUACUAACUCAUUUUUAUGGCACCUCAUCUAGCUGAAACAUUUUAGUGUGAAGAUUGCGCAUCAGUUCUGUAUUCAA